AUGUUGUUCCAGAAAAUGAAAAUCUUUGUGCGCAUAAUUUUGUUCUUGGUGGCAACAGCAGGAGCAGGAAGGCGCACUUCAGAGUGGAUGGAGGAAGGAAUACGAACUGAACAGCCUCUGGUUAAUGUGCAUCUUGCAGAUUAUGGAUUAUUUGGUCCCUUAGAACCACUAAACUCGGAAACUUAUCAACAAGAAGUUCCCUUAAUAGAAGGUACAACAGUAAUUGAAAGAAGUUUUCCUGAACUUGAUGAUCUCCUCGAUAAUAUCAUAAUAUACAAUGAUGAUUCUGAAGCCUUAGCUGAUACUAAUUCUUUCUCUAAUUAUUAGAU